UAUUCCACGAACGUACCGCCGUACUUUAACCGAGUCAAAGGAUUAUCAAACUAGGAAAUUUCUAGGGAUCCGAACAGCACUAACGGUUAUCAACAAUUCCAGUGAUUUUUAGCUCUAGUUGCAAUAGCAUUCGCUAGAAACGUUCAAACAAAUUAUUUGGUUUACCCUCUUGCACUCUAUUUGACCGAAGUGCUCCAAGGAUUCCAAUCUAAUGUUAAUAGUCUCAUUAUCUAUUGCACAGUAAUGCGCUUCAUUCAGUUGCAGCAGUCACGUUCAGCUGCUGUUUGAUCAGUCGAAAUAAUGAGUGAUACGAGGAUCAAAUAGUGCCGAAUAAAGUGACAUGUGAUGGUAGUUUUAUUAAGUGCAAUAAUUUUUUACUGAGUGCACUAAAAAGUGAAAUCAUGCUGUCGUUGCCAGUUGUCAAUAGCCAGGGAAUCGGUCUUGGUACCUAGCCGCCAUUAUGGUCACCUGCACUGAUUUACGAAUUACGUAGAGGCAAUUUAUUUGAAUUGAGAGAGUUGAUCCCCCUGGAGUAUGGCCAACUACACAAGCAUGAGUUCAACACGGCAUUCGUAUGAUACAAUCGAUGAUGAAAAUGAUGACAAGGAUGACACGAAACGAAAAUCAAGAAAUCUUAGUGAGAAAAAACGACGAGACCAGUUCAACAUGCUUGUCAAUGAACUUGGCAAUAUGGUUAGCACCAACACGAGAAAGAUGGAUAAAUCGACAGUGCUUAAAUCCACAAUAUUAUUCCUGAAGAACCACAAUGAAGUCGCAGUGCGUUCAAGAGUCCACGAGAUUCAGGAGGAUUGGAAGCCUUCAUUUCUGUCCAAUGAAGAAUUCACACAUCUUAUUUUAGAGGCCCUGGACGGCUUCAUAAUUAUCUUCUCCUCGAACGGUCGCAUUUACUACGCCUCAGAGAGCGUUACCGCCCUCCUAGGCUACCUACCCACGGACCUCGCCAACUCUACAAUUUAUGAGAUAACUUAUCAGGACGACCAAUCUCUCCUUUACAACAUCCUCCUGAAUCCAACUCCCCGCGACAACCCUCCAAAAUCCGAAACCCAAGUGUCUUUCACAUGCCACAUAAGGCGUGGAAGCCUAGACUUGGGAGAGAAUGUAACCUACGAACGUGUUCAUUUUGUCGGCUACUUCCGCUCUGACACCGACAUAGAAACUCUUCUUCCCCCGUCUCGUUACUCAUCGAAUUCUCCAAACGACACGAAGAUGGUGUUUGUAGGAACCGGUCGUGUCCACACACCCCAGCUGAUCCGUGAAGUUUCGCUGAUCGACUCGAAUAAAUCGGAAUUUGUCUCGAAACACAGUCUAGAGUGGAAGUUCCUGUUUUUGGAUCAACGAGCCUCUCCAAUAAUCGGUUACCUUCCCUUCGAGGUCCUGGGGACUUCGGGCUACGACUACUAUCACGUGGAUGAUCUGGACAAUGUCGUCACCUCUCACGAAUCCUUAAUGAGAAAAGGAGAGGGUACCUCGUGUUUCUAUCGUUUCCUCACCAAAGGACAACAGUGGAUCUGGCUCCAAACUCGUUUCUAUAUCGAUUACAAUCAAUGGAAUUCCAAACCUGAGUUUAUCGUAUGCACACACACUGUCGUGAAUUCAUCAGAAGUUGUAGAACAGCAGAAGAAGAGCAAGGAUGCAUCGCAAUAUCUUGAUUCUCAUGUAUCCACCGAGCAUCAGCCAACAUCGUGUCAAACUCCUCGCUCCACCUGGUCUCCAAAAUCUCCAAAACCAUCAAGAUCGAUCCGAAACUUUCACGGCACUGAUUCAGAUACAUCAAUAUCCGGUGGCUCAGUUAGCUCCAGAACUUCAGCAUCUACGACACAGUCUUUCAAAAUGAAAGCAACUGCCAAUGCCAAUGUCAAGUCAUCAUCAAUGCAGCAGGAUCCGCCUCAUCAGACUAUAUCACGAAAUAUAGAAGGAUGUCCGAACUAUGAAAAUGGAGUCGGUGAAUCUGUUUUGUCAAUAGUUCCUGGAGAAUUCCUGACACCAGCUGCACCAGCAGUAGCGAUAACUGUUUCUGGAAUGUUGGUGAAUCCACCGAGUAUCGUUAUGACAACUGCGUUGAGCCAGAAUCAGGACGAAUUGCAGCGAAAGCACGAGGAGUUGCAGCAGCUGAUUGUUCAUCAGCAGGAGGAGUUGAGGAGAGUUUCUGAGCAGUUGUUCAUUGCUCGUUAUGGUAUUCUAUCACCAUUGAUGAAUGUCGGAGUCAAUUAUGGGGUUAACGCUCUAGGCAAUAGGGGGGAGAGUAGUGAGGGAGGGCAUUUUGGGGGUGAAACAGUGCAGGGAGUGACUGGGGCCGUCACUCUUCCUGUUACGGUACCAGUGUCCAUUGUUCCUGUUGACAGUUUUGAAAGAAGCACUGCAGUUUUUCCAAUUGCCCCGAUUGUUGAGGCUGGGGUUACUGCACCAGUUCAAAGUCAAGGGAUGUUUAUGCAACAAAGAGUACAACAACCAGGCAGGACUGAAGCGAUGCAUAUGCAAGGGGUUCAUGAGACUGGACAGAUACCUUUUCAGAUUUGUCAGCAGACGGACAUUCUUUACCAUAGUGGGGAGAGGAGUAGUAAUGGACAGUUUAGGCUACCGAGGAUUUAGAGAGAUCAUUACCUGAAGCUACGACAAGCUGAUAAUACUAAUUUGUGAUGAUACAUUCCAAUGUUCCGGUUUCGUUUUGGGAAUUAAUGAUCGGUUAAUGUUGUUCGGUUGUUUUUAUUUGUUCUGAGCUAGACGAGAUGUGGACAAUAAUUCACAAUAGUUGCGGCAUUAUCAUGGUUUCAUUGCAUUAGAAAAAAACAUUUGUAUUAUUUCUACAAAUUGUUGGGUUUCUUUCCUCUGGGGGAAAAGCCAAAUUGAUUGUGAUUUGAAAAAUAAUAGAAGUCAAUUGCCACUAUAGAUUAUUGUCGUGAUUCCAUCGAUGAAAAAUGUUCCAAGUGUCGGUUAUUAUUAAUAAUUAUGAUAGUAUUGAGAAUUAGAAGGAAAUAGAAUGAAUUCCAGAUAGACCAUGCCUCAUUACUUAUGCGAAGAAACGAGGAAACCGCUGAAUUUUCGGGCGAAAAUUAUUUUUCUAUGUGAAAUGAGGAAUUAUAUUUUUUCAAGUACAUUGUGAGAGCAUAAUGUACACGAUUACGUCAGCCAUCCAUGGUAACGCACAAUUGAAGAUCAACUCGAUAUUGGGGCGGAAUUUGAGAAACGAAAACAUCGGGAAUUGAUUUAUAACUUUAUUCUACAAUUAACAGAAAUUUAUUUAUCGAAUAUCUUAUUGUGCCAUUUUUUUCCGGAAGCCAUUACGUCUGUAUGUAUCCUUGAGUGUCAGUGGGCUGUUAAUAAUUGUUGUGUUUAGUAAUGUAACUGAAUAAUGGAAGAAGUACGGAAGAUUUACAGUGAUUCAUGGAUAAUGAAUCACAUGGGAGCAAUAUUUAAGUAAUUUAAUAAAAAGUUUUUACGUAACAAGUGCCAAGAACUAAAUAGAUAUUUUUAAUGAUCAAUUCGUUUUUUUUUUCAAUUAUAGUUUCAGUAGUUACUUGCACGAAGAACUUGCAUUGCAAACUUUAGCGGACUUUUUGGACAAUGAUAGAUUUUUAGAUUAGAUUGUUUCUCUUCAAAAACAAAUCGUUUCAAAAGAUUUCUAUGAGAGCUCUAACAAGAAAGUCUCUACUAUUCAUUCUGAGUUCCACAUAUGAACAGAGGUCCACUAAAUAAAAACAAUGAGAGUACGAAAAUCGGUAUUGAAGUAUGGAGAUGAAGAAUAAAUAUCAAAAUAAACAAAUCUCACAGUCUGUUAUUUAUCUUAAAUUAUUGAAUGAUAUAUUUUGUAUUUUAUGAUAAAUUAUUUUGACCACCGAAACUAUCAACAUUCCCAGUGAUUAUAAUCAACAGAAUUCAUAGGAUAGAAAUGUAUUGUUAAAGUGAGUAAUAAUGUACGUCAAGUAAUCAAUAGAGAAAUAGAAUGAAUAAUCAUUUUAAAAAAUUUGGUACAAAUGUUUAACUGUUAUAUAUGCUCUCCUAAGAUAAUGUUACCAUGUAUUAAACAUUCCAAAAGUUACAUGAAUUUGUCGGAAAAUUUACGGUUUAUACGCGAUAUGAAGAAUAAAAUUGUUUUUCCUUUAAA